UUGUGCUGGGUGCCUGCUCUGUCACUUCCUCGUUGUGCCCAUCUGGCUCUGGUGAGCCGGCCAUCGAGGCUGACAGACGCUGGUACCCACCCCAGGGACACAAACCCUUCCCAGAUCUCGGCUGGGCCCCGGAGAUCGGACACUUGGAGACAUCCUGUGGAUUCUGGGUGCUGGGAUUUUGCCACCUUCAUGCUGGAGUCACCGAGGGGUUAGAAAGCCAGGAAGACACCGAAAGUUCACACAACCUCGCCAUCCUGAGAAGAUGAAGGCUGCUGGGGCUCUGCUCACCUUGGGGAUCCUAUUUGGAGGCACCCUGGGUGGGCCGUGGAGCGCGUGGAUGCCACAGACCAUUAUGGCCUUUGAGGGCACGUGCGUGGCCAUCCCAUGCCGUUUCGACUACCCGGACGAGCUGCGCCCCUCGGCCGUGCACGGCAUCUGGUACUUUAACAGCCCCUACCCCCGGAACUACCCGCCCGUGGUGUACAAGUCACGCACCGGCAUCGUUCACGAGAGCUUCCAGGGCCGCACCCGCCUGCUGGGGGACCUCCAGGCCCGCAACUGCACCCUGCAGCUCAGCCGGCUCAGCCCCGAGCUGGCGGGGAAGUACUUCUUCCGCGGGGACCUGGGCGGCUACAACCAGUACACGUACUCGGAGCACAGCAACCUGGAGAUUGUCGACAAACCCACCAUUGUGCCCCCGGCUGCGGUGGUGGUGGGGACAGAGGCGGAGCUGCGGUGCGUGGUGCCGGAUAACUGCCCCACCAUGAAGCCCAUGGUGAGCUGGUUGAACCAUGAGGCGCUGGAGGAUCAGGCUGUCUUUGGCCAGCUGGAGGAGGAGAGCGGCACCUGGAGCCAGGUGUCCCUGCUGAAGUUCCAGCCCUUGCGGGAGAACAACGGGCACGAGCUGGGCUGCCAGGUCACCUACCCCAAUACCACCUUCCUCUUCGAGGCCUUCGCCACCCUGGACGUCAAGUACGUGCCCCAGAUCCUGCAGGUGAACUCGUCCGUGGAGAUCACGGAGGGCUCGCACGUGGUGCUGGUGUGCAUGGCGGACAGCAACCCCAUGGCCUUGCUGGCGUGGUUCAAGGAGGAGGCCGUGCUGCGGGAGGAGCCGUCCACCAACCUGACGCUGGAGCUGGACAACGUCACCCACGCGCAGGACGGGAUCUACACCUGCGUGGCCGAAAACGUGUACGGGCGGGUGAACCGCUCCCUGGCCCUCACCGUCAUGUACGCCCCGCGCAAGCCGUCAGUGAACUCCUCGGUGGUGGCAGUGGAGGGGGAGUCGGUGACUAUCCUGUGCACCACCGAAAGCAACCCCGAGCCCAUCAUCACCAUCUUCAAGGAGAAGCAGAUGGUGGCCACGGUGGUCUACGAGAGCGAGCUGCUGCUGGAGAUCCCCGCCGUGACCCACGAGGAUGACGGGGAGUACUGGUGUGUGGCGGAGAAUCAGUACGGCCAGCGCGGCUCUGCCUUCAACCUCACCGUGGAGUUCGCUCCCAUAAUCCUCUUGGAGUCGAAGUGCACGGCUGCUCGGGACACGGUGCAGUGCGUCUGCACUGUGCUGGCCAAUCCGGAGCCCGUGAUUUCCUUCGAGCUGCCCACCCGGAACGUGACAGUCAACGAGACUGACCAGGAGUUCGUCUAUUCCCAGAAGACGGGCUACAUGGUCACCAGCAUCCUGACGCUGCGCGGGGAGCUGGACUCGCAGCUCUUUGUUGUCUGCUCCGCCCGCAACCUGUAUGGCACCAAGAACCAGCAGCUCCAGUUCCACCACUCCAACAAUCUGAUGUGGGCGAAGGUGGGGCCGGUGGGCGCCGUGGUGGCCUUUGUGAUUCUCAUCGCUGCCGUGUGUUACGUGAGUCAGACGCGGAAAAAGAAAAACGUGAAUGAAAACUCCAGUUUUGUGCAGCUGGAGCACCCGCCCAUGGCGUACGGCGGCGAGUACCGGCCCCCGGGGGCCCUGGACAAAUCCGAGUAUGAGCGGCGCCCAGUGUCCGACAAACACCUCCUGAACAAGCCCGAGGGCUCCCUGGACCUGAACGUGGACUACGCCAACAUUGACUUCACCAAACUGGCUACCAAGGACAGCUACACCCUGACAGAGGAGCUGGCGGAGUACGCAGAGAUCCGGGUCAAGUGAGCGCCCCUUGCCCCCCCCCCCCAGUGACACGCCCUUUGCCAUGGAAGCCACGCCCACCAGAAUCAGGACCUGUCUGUGCCCCCAAAUCACCAGGCACAUCCCCGCCAUGGAAACCCCAUCUACCAGGAUCAACCCCAUGCAGAGUGAAGGUCCUGCCCCGCCCACUACUGGCAGGACGCGCCCCCUGCCAUGGAAGCCCCACCCACUGCAAUCAGGACCUCCGACUGAAUGCAGCUGGGACAGGGGCUGUCUCUCGCUGUGUGUCUGGGCAGCUUCUGGUGCAAUGGGGCCCUGAUCUCAGCUGGGGCAGGGACUACUAUCUCUUGCUGUGUGUCUGGGCAGUGCCUCAUAUCCUGAUGCCCCUUCUUUGACAGCCCUAUGGCUGGUUAUGUGGGUCUGGCCCUGCACUGGGACCCAGGAAGACCUGCGGUUUAAAUCUCACCUAGGCUGCAGAUUUUGUACUACCUUGAGGUAUGUCCUAACCUCUCUGCAUGCCUCAGUUUCCCCAGAAUCUCUUAAUUUCCCCUGUGCACAAUGUGACUUAUAAUUCCCUCCCACUCCGGGUUUUUGUGAGGCUAAAUUUGGAACCGAUUGGGAAGCUCAACCAAAGCCCCGUUGAAUCGUUAAUGAUCCCGUUGAGCUAUCUCUGUAGGAGCCAUGCAAAUACCUGUGUAGAAUCUCCCUAAACCCAUCCAGUCCUUGUUCUAAUUCCCCCAGUCUGUCUUACCACAUGCCGAGGGAACAACAUCCUUUUUCUGCUGCAUAAAAGACUUGUCUAUGGUACAAAGCUACUUAGACCAGCGCCACCAUCCCCAGCCAGGAAGAGGAAUACACUAUACUGGGAUAAAGACCCAUCCUACCGGAAUAACGGCCCCCACAGCUGUACUGGUGUAGGGAGAUCAGCCCU